GUAUGCAAAAAGGAAUUGGCCUUUUGCGGAAGCACAUCCAGAGGUCCCAUAAAAUUGUGACAAAUAAAGGAAAGCCCCAAUCUGAAGAAGACUUAAAUGAAAUAAAUAUAUCGGAUGAGGAGUCCAACCAAAAUGAGUCACAAAUUAUAAAUCAGUCUUCAACAAAAACAACAAAUGUUUCUGCCGAGAAGCCAUCGACAAGUAACCAUGCUGAAAGUAGCAGCCCCAUAAUAAAAAUGUUUCAAAAUGCGUCUGCAUACUCAAAAGGGGGAGAGAGGACAUCAACUGUAAAUGAUGCGCUUCUCUAUAUGAUUGCGGUUGAUAAUAUGCCCUUUAGCGCCCCCGAAAAACGAGGUUUCAAGAAAUUUUGCAAAGUUAUUCAGCCCCUUUACAAAGCUCCUUGCCUCAAAACCAGGGAAAACAUGAUGCAAUCGAAAUAUCAGAAACUCAAAAGUGAAGUUUUUGAUCAAUUAGGUGCUGCAAAAAAUAUCGUUCUUACAACCGAUUUGUGGACUGAAAUAAUGACCGUUAAAAGUUUUUUGGGCGUCACUGCACAUUACAUUGAUGGUAAGAUUUGUAUAGCUCUCUAUUUAAAUUGUUAAUUAAGAUGUAAUAAAUUAUUAAAAUCUGUGGAUAUUGGGGCGAGGCAUAUUGUUGGCAAAAAAACUAUCUCUAAUUUAGAAUUUGCCAUAAAUGAAAUAUGUAAGUCAUGGAACAUCAAGCAAGAUAAUGUGGCGGCUGUAGUAACGGAUAAUGGUCCAAAUAUUGUAGGGGCAUGUCGUUCCGUUUUUGGAGCAGACAAGCAUAUACGUUGCUUUGCUCACACCCUCAACCUAGUGGCUAUAAAAUCAAUCGAUUUUUAUACGCCAAACAUAGAGGCUGAAUUGCCGGUUAUGGAAAAUUCUGAUGAAGAUGAAAUAAGUGAUGAAACUGGUCAUUCAGAAUUAAAAUCAAUUAUAAAUAAAAUUAAAAAAAUUGUUUGCUUUUUCAAGAAAAGCGAGGCAGCAAGCACAUACUUGAAUGACCUUCAAAAAGAAAGUGGCAAGCAACCAAAAAGGCUUAUCCAGGAAAUUAAAACACGCUGGAACUCGUUGUAUGAGAUGGUGGAACGGUAUUUGGAGUUGCACGAAUUUGUGAGCAGGGCACUCCGAAAACUAAUUUCUGAAAAAACAUGCAAGCCACCUAACGAUAUAUCGUUGGACGAAAUAGAAAGUUUAGUUGAAAUAAAGGAACUUUUAAAACCUUUAUUUCUCGUAACAAAAGAAUUAUGUUCUGAAAAAAACGUAACAGCGAGCAAAGUAAUUCCUUUACUUAAAUUGCUGAAAAACAAUAUUGAAAAUAUAUUGCCAAUAGGAGCAGCAUUUGACUUGCGAAGAAAACUUCUACUCAAUCUUAAUGAUAGAUUUUCAAAAGUUGAGGAGCACCCAAUACUUAGCGUUGCCACAUUGUUGGAUCCUCGUUAUAAAAAAAUUCACUUCCACCAAGAAAGUAAUGUUGAAGCGGCGAUUGGUAGAAUAGCAAAAUAUUUAGAAAAAAUCAAUCAAACUUCAAAUGAUGAACCUCCUCCUCCUCCUCCCAAAAGAUCACGUGAUUCUAAUUGUUUAUGGCAAAUACACGACGAUCUAGUGGAUUCUCAAAAUGAGACGAUAAUUGUGAAUGAGGAUAAUAUUUAAAACGCCCAGUAUGCCCUAGACAUACUAAUCCAAUCGAAGAGUGGGAACAGUACAAACAAGUUUACCCAAACUUGUACUUAAUUGCCCAAAAAUACAUUGGAAUUUUAGCUACAUCAGUCCCGUGCGAAAGAUUGUUUCGAAAGCUGGGUUAAUUAUAACCCAGCGAAGAAACAGACUGUCCUCAGAAAAUCUGGAUCAACAAUUAUUUUUACAAAAUAUAUCGGAAGAAGACUGGUUUAAGAAAUAGAAAAGGAUUUUUAUAUGUUAUUAGCCAUUGAUACGGGGAUAAAAGCAUAAUCAAACAAAAAACACAAAGUACAAACAAAAAAGAUAUUUUUAAUUAAGUAAAUAUGUAUUUAAUUAUUUUUUCUAAA